AUGUCUAAAGUCCAAACGGUGAGAGCGCUGGUGGAGCAGCGACUGACUGCGGCUGCUGAAGAGAUAUUUGGGCUGUUUGAAAGAACGAUAGCAGAGUACGAGGAGCAACUUUGUCGUUCAAAAGAGAAGAACGAGCGACAGCAGAAACUACUGGACGCUGUUUUCAACCCUCAGAUUCAGCUAUACAGAACAGACGUCCAGCAGCUGCUGGUGGUUAAAGAGGAGGUUCCCUCUGAGCAGCAGGAGAGGAGCUCCACUCUAGACCAGGAGGACCCAGAGCCCCCACACAUUAAAGAGGAACAGGAGGAACCUUGGACCAGUCAGCAGGGAGAGCAGCUUCAGGGGCUGGAGGAGGCUGAUAUCACCAAGGUUACAUCCACUCCUGUCCCUGUGAAGAGUGAAGAAGAUGAAGAGAAAGCUCAGUCCUCACAGCUUCAUCAAACACAAACUGAACAAUUGAAAACAGAAGCUGGUGGAGAGGACAGUGGAGGACCAGAACCAGACAGGAACUCUGAUCCAGAUCCACAUUUACAACCUGAUACAAAUCAACAGCAGGGAGACCCUUCUGAACCUGAGACUGAUGACAGUGCUGAUUGGACGGAGACAGAAGAACAUCAGUCAGGUUUAAACUUGUGUGGUAAAAGUUUCAGUAGUCGUCAGAAUCUGGAGAAACACAUGAGAGUUCACACAGGAGAGAAACCUUUCAUCUGCUCGGUAUGUGGUAAAGGUUUCGGUAGUCGUCAGGAUAUGAAGCGACACAUGAGAGUUCACACAGGAGAGAAACCUUUCAGCUGCUCAGUGUGUUGUAAAAGUUUCAGUAGGAGUGCUUCUCUGAAGCAACACAUGAGAGUUCACACAGGAGAGAAACCUUUCAUCUGCUCGGUAUGUGGUAAAGGUUCUGGUAGUCGUCAGAAUCUGGAGAAACACAUGAGAGUUCACACAGGAGAGAAACCUUUCAGCUGCUCAGUGUGUAAUACAUUUUUUACAGUGAGAAUGAAUUUAAAGCGACACAUGACAGUUCACACAGGAGAGAAACCUUAUAGCUGCUCAGUUUGUGAGAAAUCUUACAAAGGUUCACACAAUUUAAAGAGACACAUGAGACACCACAAAGGAGAGGAACCUUUCAGCUCCUCAGCCUCCAGUCAUAAUGUUGUGUGUUUACCCUUCUCUGCAGACGUCCAGCAGCUGCUGGUGGUUCAAGAGGAGGUUCCCUCUGAGCAGCAGGAGAGGAGCUGCACUCUAGACCAGGAGGACCCAGAGCCCCCACACAUUAAAGAGGAACAGGAGGAACCUUGGACCAGUCAGGAGGGAGAGCAGCUUCAAUGGCUGGAGGAGGCUGAUAUCAUCAAGUUCACAUUCACUCCUGUUUCUGUGAAGAGUGAAGAAGAUGAAGAGAAACCUCAGUCCUCGCAUCAAACACAAACUGAGCAGAUGAAAACAGAAGAUGAGGACAAUGGAGAACCAGACACGAACUCUGAUUCAGAUCCAAUUUUACAACCUGAUUUAAAUCAACAGCAGGGAGACUCUUCUGAACCUGAGACUGAUGACAGUGCUGAUUGGAAGGAGACCGGAGAACCUCAGUCAGGUUUAAACUGUUUGAGAAAGGAUGGCGGCUCUGUCGGAGAUUCCAGAUUUAGGACUGGAGAGAAACCUUUGAGCUGCUCACUUUGUCAGAAAUCUUUCGCACAGAUAAAGCAGUUAAAUCGACACAUGACACGCCACACAGGACAGAAACCAUUCAACUGUUCAGUUUGUGGUAAAGGGUUCAGUUUUAGUUGGGAUCUGAAGAAACACACAAGAGUCCACACAGGAGAGAAACCUUUCUGCUGCUCAGUUUGUGGUAAAGGGUUCAAACUUAGUGGGGAUCUUAAUAAACAUGUGAGAGUUCACACAGGAGAGAAACCUUUCAGCUGCUCAGUUUGUCAGAAAUCUUUCACACAGUUGACGCAUUUAAAGGUUCACAUGAGACUACACACAGGAGAGAAACCUUACAGCUGCUCAGUUUGUCCGAAAGCUUUCAACCAGAUAACACAUUUAAAGUUACAUAUGAAACGCCACACAGGAGAGAAACCUCAGUAACAGCUGCUCAGCCUGUAAGAAGUUUUUCACACAGGUCAAAGAACAUAAAUGUGCUGCCACUCGUCCUCAAAGUUUCAUCAAACUGAGGUGAACAAAGAGUCUCCAGCCAGCAGUCCACAGGAAGAGAUGCAAAGAGAAGCUGAUGGACAGGACUGUGGAAGACCAGCAGCAGAAAGGAACUUAGAUCCAGAUGGACCAGAUACUGAUGAAAAGACUGGAGAUUCUUCUGAACCUGAGACUGAUGAUGGGUGGUUGGAAGUAAACUAGAAAAGCCCUUGGACUUUUCAGAGGGUGUGGUGGAUUCAAUUUGAAGGCUACUUAUGUUGUCAUCUCUUGUUGGGAAGGGGGUAAAAUAUUUGUCCAUGAAAAAUGUUUAAAUAACAAACAGGCAUUAUCUUUAUUAGACACAAACAUAACAAUUCCAAGUACUAUAUUUAGAAAAGACAAGAAAAAUAAAAACAAAAUAAAUGCAAUGCAGGGCUUGAAGACCUCCAGCAUGCCAGGGUCUUCUGCUUCAAGCCCUGGCAAUGUAUAGUAAAACAAACAUACCAAAGAAUAUAUUUGGUAAAUAGUGCUCCUCUUUUUCAUUUCUUUUUUAAGGCUUGAAGAAUUUCAAGUCAUUUUCAAAUUCCACAGAUCUUGGAGUAACUUUUAAUGAAUCUAUAUUUGUGUAAAUUAAAUGUACCCACAAUCAAAAUAUAAAAAACAUUAGUUUGUUUUCCAUGAUGUGAUGUGAUAUUAAUUUCCUUUUUUUAAAUUUUUUUGUUUUACAAAACAAAAGUUCACAAACUGAACCUUUAAUGAAAUAUUUGAUUGUAGAAGUGUAACAAUUAUAACAGAUUCAUUUUAACAGUAGAAUAAAAAUAAACAGAUUCUUAAUAUACGAAAGUUACCUAGAAGUCCUCAUCCUCUUCAUGUCCUGUUGGCAUGUUAAUCUCAGGUUCAUAUCUGAUCUAUGUUCUCUGUAAGCACGUGCUGGUGCCUUGUUUUUAAAUGAUUCUAUACAAAUAAACUUUGUUCGUGUCAGAAA